CAAGAAAAUCUUCCAUCCACAAAGAUGCCAGCUUGUCAUCUAUGUUCUAUCAGUCCAAAUAAUCCAACUUUUCUGUCUAGUGGCCUCUGAAAUCGCUUUCAACAUUUAAAGCUUUUGAUUUUCUGAAAAGAAUUGGUGGAUAAGUACAUAUUCAAAGACCCAAGGCUCCAGAACUCCAGACACCUCCAGCAUUAUUCUACUGCUACAGUAGCAAUCUUUUUUUUUUUCUUUUAUUUGGUUUAUUCUUAAUUAUAGAGGGGAUCGUAAUCUUAAUUCUCCAAAAUUGGUUGUGCGAAAAAUUUAAACUUGAGUGAGUGGUGGACUUUUUGAUGACUUUUUUGUUGGUUAAUGGUGCCAGAUGGUUGGAUAUCCUGAGAGAGAUCGGCUACAUAUGACCUGGGGCUACUUUUGCAUUAUUAUAGUCAUGAUGCUCUUAUCCGAUUAGCAGCACAGAGUUUGCAUUACAAGGCCGGUGUCGUAAGAAAGGGGCUCUUUUGAAGGCUCCACUCUCGCGCUUCUUUGUCAGGCAAAUCUCCCCUACUUUCUUGUCCCUUUCUUUUUGGCCUAAAGGUCUGAACACCAGAGUCAGCAUCCUGUGUUCUUCUCUGCUUGAUUCCAGGUUAUGGCAUAUCCUGAGCAUCAAAACGUGGAGAGGGAAAUAGUACCUGUCAACCCUACUCCAAGAAAACAUCGGAUUUUACUUGCUGCCUGUGGAAGUGUCGCUGCCAUAAAGUUUGCGAAACUCUGCCAAUGUUUCUCUGAAUGGGCGGAAGUAAAAGCAGUUGCAACAAAAACCUCUUUGCAUUUCAUUGACAGAGCAUCAAUUCCUAAGGAUGUAAAAUUUUACACUGAUGAGGAGGAAUGGUCCAGCUGGAGGAGAAUAGGUGACAACGUGCUUCACAUUGAGCUUCGUCGAUGGGCUGAUAUUAUGGUCAUUGCCCCAUUGUCAGCAAACACGCUUGGCAAGAUUGCUGCGGGAUUAUGUGACAAUUUGCUAACUUGUGUCGUACGAGCAUGGGACUACAGCAAGCCACUGUUUGUUGCACCGGCUAUGAACACUUUCAUGUGGACCAACUCUUUCACAGAAAAAAAUCUCAUGUCAAUUGAUGAGCUUGGGGCUUCUCUCAUCCCCCCAGCCACAGAGAGACUAGCUUGUGGAGACUAUGGGAAUGGCGCAAUGGCAGAACCUUCUCUAAUCCACUCGACCAUAAGACUAGUCUUGGAGUCACGGCCUCAACCCAGCUCUGGAAGAGCCUAUUGAUUCGACAUGAAUAAGGAUACUAAAUUUGUUGUGUUGCAAUCCAUUGAUUCUGAAGUGGGCCUAUUUUUGUUACCUGUCUACCAAGCUUCCCAUACGAUUCUACCUGCUGCCUUUUAGAGUUUGCUUAACUUGCAUUGCAUGUCCUGACGAUUGGUCUUGAACACUGCAGAACAUUUGAUCGUGUAAACUGAUGAUAUUGACGAGUUAAAUAAUCACAUCAGCUUACUAAAAGUUACCUUUCAUGAUUAUUUAUUUUGCUUUCAAAUGGUUGUGAUUUAUUUUAUAGAUUUAGUGGGGACAAAAUUGCAUAAGUAUGUGGUAGAUAUCACCUGGAAAAGAAACUAGAUAGGUCCGAUAGACUCACCGACCCAGUUUCCAAUAGGUCCAACCUUCACUGGCCCAAUAUAUCAUCAACAAAGAUCAAAUAUCAAGAUUUUUUUAAAAAAAAAAUUUAGACAAAAAUCAUCCAAUCAAGGAUGUGGCUAUCACUUUCCUUAAGACUUCUCUAUUUCUUCCUAGGAAAAAUCAAAUUAACCUAAAUGCCUUGU